GGAACUUCAAGAAAUUCAAUUUGGCAUAGCAUCACUCUGUUUGAUGUCCGUGAUCCUAAAUACUGGGUCUGCAAUCCAUGGAUUAUUAUUGAAGAAAAAACACACCUCUUUUUGUCUCCUUGCUGAGUUUUUGAGGUUUAUCUCCAAAUUUGGGAGUAUUUUCUCUCUCAUGGCUACACCCUUAAUAACUAGAAGACCAAUCUUGAUACCAAUAAUAUCAGCAUAUGUAUCAGCUCUGGUUUAUCUUAUCUUCAGCUUUAUAGGAUAUAAAAUAUACUUGAUCAAUGAGCUACCUGUUGAAAGUACAAAAACACUGACAUACCAUCAAAUGGUUAAAUUAACACUUCCUCUAGGAUUCCAACAGCUCAUUGAAAAAUGUGAAACUUUUAUCCUUAGUUUAGUUGUUGCACAACUAACACCAUCUGAAUCUACACGAAGUAUGGCACUGGCAAACGUUCAUGUCCUCCAUGCAUCAUUUUAUUCAUUGCGAAGGAUAUUAGUCAGUAUUGCAACAAUGGUAUCUGCAUACCUUGCAUCUGGGAUGAACUCAUCGUUACAUUUCGACCAUGAACUAGUUAUCUGCACCUCCAUUAUAACAUUUGUUUCAUUUAUCAUUUCUUUUUCAAUGUGCUGGAUUACUCCCAUUACAAGGGUUAUAUUUUUAUAUUUAUUUCACAUUUCUGAAGAUAAUUUUAUCGCAGUAAACUAUCCCUUUAAGUUAUACACAUUCUGGCCAAUUAUACAAACAUUUGCUAUGUUUUCCUUUGGAAUUUUACUGCAUAAGAAAGACACUAAAAUGUCAAUAGUGAGUUCCGCUUGCCAAGUCAUUAUAUUGGGUUUUCUUCCAUUUGCUUUAGAUUAUCUUGGAUUUGAUAUCUUACUGUCUUCAGUUGUGGCCUUGUUUACUGCUCAGACCACUACUGCUUGCAUUCUUUUCUCAUACCUUUAUUUGAAGUAUUUAAGAAAAUCUUACUUGCAUCAAAAGCAAGUAUGAAAUUAGGUACAAUGUAGUUAACGAUGAUUAUAUAUGGCAAUUGCCUGAUAUGUACCUGUAUUAGUACCACAUGUAAUGCAAAUAAAGUUUUAAAGUAAUUAGGACAUGAUUUUGUUUUGUUUGCCACUAUAUUUGGUGAAUAAUAUCUCUUUGGUAACAUAUUUUUUUAGUCUUCACUUUUUUAUGGAAGGUGUUUGGUGGUUGCUAUUUGGCAAAUGUUGUUUGGUGGCCAGUGUCUGUAACAAAUGGCAG